UUGCAACACUCAGGGUGUCUCAACUGCACCAAAUCUGUGGGGAAGCAAAAGCUUUUAGUCACAAGUCUCGGCAUGUUGCAGUAUUUCUGGGCUGUUCAGGGUAGCGUUAUAAACAGAGAACUGUAAACACACCCGAAAUGCAUUAUACUGCCAAACAGCCAAUGGCGGGAGAAAAAUAGGAAACUGUGGCUGCCCCCUCUGGGCCGCUGAGCACAAUGUCAGAGAGAUGCCACUGACGUCGGCCAGAGCUCAGUGCAGCUGUGAGGAGAGACGGAAAGAAAGAGAGAGAGGAACAGAAAGGAGGGGGCUGUGAGCAUCACAGCCAGCGAGCAGGAGAAAAGGAGGAGAAUUCAUGCGGAGGAGGGGUUUCAUCAUGAGUGAGAGAGCUUAAAAGAGAUGGUGAGAAAGAGAGAGAGAGCGAGGCUGUGUAUGUGAGGGAGGAAGAUGCUGUUGCCAGGGAACAGCGGUGAGGUCGAACCGUCCAUCUUUUCCAGCUCGCAGGAGGAUAAAAACAUAUUAAAUCAUGGAUACAAACUGGACUGAAUGCGAGGGGAGGAAUAACAGCUGAUCCUGACUGCAAGCGGCCGAAGAGAAUCAAAGAGAAGGAGGAGACAAUUUCUCUCUCAGGCUCCAUACGCAGCACCAGUAAAGAGCAAGAAGAUUGGGCCCUGAACACAAGAGUGUCCCACCUGCAGAUGUAAACAGUGGUUACCCUCACUCUGCUCAGGCAGAUUCAAGGAGGAGGAAGAGCAGGACAAGAGAGAGGAGCACCUGAAAUCCAACUUCAAAACGGCACAGAGGAAGUGUUCUUAAUUACACAAUUAAGCUGAAGCCUGUCCUCCCUGGCAGAGGAUGGGUACAGCAGAAGCCACUUUACGCAUGGACAGCAUGGAGGUGAAGGAUGAGUGGCAGGAUGAGGACUUCCCCAGGCCACUACCAGAGGAUGGAUAUGUUGAUUCCUCAUGUGGCCUCACUGACAGCAGAACCAAUCCUCCCACCUCUCUGAAUGUGGGUGAGUCCAUGGCCCAGCGUAAGCGCCGCACUCUGGUCGCCCCUGACAUGAAUCUUUCCCUGGAUCAAAGCGAGGGAUCGGUGCUCUCUGACGACUUCCUGGAAACGCCUGAUGACCUGGACAUCAAUGUAGACGACAUAGAGACUCCUGAUGAGACUGAUUCACUGGAGUUCAUCAACAACGGCAACGAGCUGGAGUGGGAAGAUGACACUCCUGUGGCCACUGCCAAGCGUCUUCCAGGUGAAAGUGAAGAGGAGAGAGACUCUUCCGGUCGUCUGUGGCGAACUGUGAUCAUUGGUGACCAGGAGCAGCGGAUUGACAUGCAGGUCAUCAGACCAUACCUGAGGGUGGUCACACAUGGAGGUUAUUACGGUGAGGGUCUGAAUGCCAUCAUUGUGUUUGCUGCCUGCUAUCUCCCUGACAGCAGUUGUGAGGACUACACGUACAUCAUGGAGAAUCUCUUCCUAUAUGUUGUGAGCAGCCUGGAGCUGCUGGUGGCUGAAGAUUACAUGAUUGUUUACAUGAAUGGAGCAACUCCUCGUAGGAAGAUGCCCGGCAUCAGCUGGCUGAAGAGAUGCUACCAGAUGAUUGACAGGAAACUGAGGAAGAAUCUAAAGUGUCUCAUCAUCACUCACCCAACAUGGUUCAUCCGGACUGUCCUGGCCAUCUCAAGACCUUUCAUCAGCGUGAAGUUCAUGGAUAAGAUCCGGUACGUUCACACCCUGGAGGAACUCAGCCAGAUCAUCCCCAUGGAGCACGUGCAGAUCCCCGAGUGUGUGUUGCAGUAUGACGACGAGAAGAUAAGAGCACAAAGGGAAAGACUUCAGCAAGAGCAGCAGCAGACAAACCCAACACCGCCCAAAGAAAGGCCAAAGUCAAUGAUCACAGAGGUUGGCCGUGACAUUUGACAUUAAGAUGUGAAUUACCUCAACACUUAGAUAAACGAAAGGCUAUAAAAGUAAAGAAACAAUCAUAUGUCUCGUUGUGGGCUCUGAGAUGUGUCCUUCUUCAUGCCAUAAAAUAUAGCACCAUCAGAUUACUAUCAAUCACCAAGUCCAGCUCAUUUUCUCCUUCGCCAAGUCAUGUUUCAGUUCUUUAAAUUUCAGACUGCGAUCGACUCCAAGAAAUGUUAGCUGAUCUUCCAACACCGAACAACGUGUUACAUAAAUCGCAGCUGCUCGUCUCUUUAAGCCUCUGUACAACCGAUCAAUUCUAUUUUUAAUGGCUUGUACAAACUGCGGUCCUGGCAAAUUGAUCCACGAUGCACACAGCCUGUCCUGAAAUCGGGGGAAAUACCCACCGCAGUAAGUCAGGGUGUGUAAGGCAGGAUGAGGUGGGUUAUUUUAGAAACUCAACCCCCCCCUUCUGUGCACCCCUGUGCUGCUGACCAAUCCUGUCAGCCUCCAUAUAUCAAAGGAGCUAUCAGCCGGAGGACUGGCUGACAUCCCAGGAAUGGAUACAGGCACCAUCUCUUAACUAAAUGCCAACGGAGGAAGCAAGGGGAAAAUAAAUAGGCUAACCUGAUAUGUGUCAAGUUGGGUUUAGUUUAGAUUUUGUACAUGCCUACAGACAAAUACCAGGAUUAUAUAAGAAAUGUUGUGUUUGUAGAGAUGCACAAAUGUCACCUGACAUCUGUCAGGACAAAGGUGAUGGACAAAGAAAGAGACUGAAACUGCCUGAAUUUACAUUACAGAGCUUUAAAUUGAAGAACCAGUGGGGAACAUUCACUCAUUAAAAUGGGAGUCAACUGGACCACCGUCACAUGCUUGUCCCACAGGAUUAAAUCUCCUGACUGGAUCCAUUAACUGCAAGACAAUCAUUUCUCAGAAACAUAACCUUCAGUGACAUGCUUGCUUCUAACUUAAAGUAAAUUUACACCAAAGCAUUAAACGAUAGAGCUAAAUCAAAAAUGAUUAGCUCCCUGCAUGUCAAGAUGAGCUUUAUCUACAGCAUGACUUCAACUAUAUGAAAACAUGAUUUACAUGGAUGAAUACUCAAGCCGGGAAUAUUGUUUGAUUUAAAUUGUACAUACUUGUAUAUAUAUAUAAAUAUAUAUAUAUUUUGUGAAAGCGUUUGCACAAAUAUUUGAUAUGAAUGGCAUGGGUGUUGUUUGGUUUCAUGGCUGUUAACUGAAAAAACAGUGUGCAAUGAUAUUGUUCUUAGAACUCCAGUGGAUGUUACUGAUGCAAACGUGAGUUACAGUUUUCCAGGGUUUGAUAUGCAGGUGGCAUGCUUGUUUAUAUCCUUCCGUCUCUUUUACAUUUGUAUUUGUCAGUUUUUAAGUCAUUUGCCAUCGUGUUUCCAAAGGUACUUUUCCAAGAUGGAAGUAAUACAUUGUUAUACAAUACAUUGCAAUAUAUUUAAAGAGAGUCAGAUUUAUUGAUAACAGUGUUAUUUAUGAAAAUGUGCCAUUUGCUGUUUGUCAAAAAAAUAAAUGAAUAAAUGAGUGAACGAGA